AUGCGGAAAGCCGUCACCAAGCGUUCGCGAGUUGUUUUCAUCUUGUUGGCUUCACUACUCAUUGUGUUGACUUAUUGGUUCGUUGGCAAUGAGGUAGAACCAGUGACCAGCUCUGCAAUUGCAACGAGCAGUGCUGAUCAAAUGAGACGGAAACAACGCAAACACGAGGAUCAUAAAAAGGAAGCAAUUGGUAAGAAGUCCUCGGCCAAGGUUCAGUCAGUUGAGAAGGUGUCAAUACAAGAUGUUCAUCCUGCAGCCGACAUGAAAAUGGAACCAUCUGCCAACACUUUGUGGCAACUUCAAGCAAAACGGAAUGCUACCCUUCACCGAGCUUGUGGAGGCAUCCGCAUGCCAUUGGUCAAACUCACUGCUGAUGAGCAAUUGACUCUUUUUAAGCACAUGAUUGUUGAUGAUGCUCACAAAAUCAUUUACUGCUAUGUCCCCAAAGCAGCGUGUGCUAACUGGAAGAAGGUAAUACAAGUAAUGCAAGGGCGAUACCCAAGCUUCAAAUCGAUCAACAAAACCGACCACUUUGCACUUGACUUUAUGUACAAAUACUCAAAACAGGAAAUCAUGUACAGACUUCGACACUAUUUUAAGUUCACCUUUGUUCGUCAUCCUUUGAGUCGACUUGUUUCAGCAUUUAGGAACAAACUUCAUGAAAACAUUGUCGAGUACCAUAGAAAAUACGGCAUCCCUAUCAUCAAACGUUAUCGUAAAAACUAUGACCAGGAUACAAAAGGUGAUGAUGUAAAGUUUGAGGAAUUUGUGCAUUAUUUGAUUGAUUUGCCAACGAAACGAAUGAAUGAACAUUGGCGACCUUACGCAGAGUUAUGUCAGCCAUGUCAUGUAACAUACAACUUCAUUGGUUUGUAUGAAAGUCUAGAAGAUGAUGCGAAUGCAGUGUUGGAGCAUGUAGGAGCCAAAUUACGUUGGCCUCAACGUCAGCAUUUCUAUAAGCCAACUACGACUGAAGAAAUUGUGAAACUAUACAAGGAGGUGCCACCUGAUCUUAUUCAAAAACUUGUAGCAAAAUACAAGAAAGACUUGGAUAUGUUCGGUUAUGCUUCAAGUGAGUACCUAUGAUUCUUGUGUAUACAAAGCAAUUUAAUUGCAGCCCGUAGUAAAUAAAAUAUUACAAGUAGUGAAAACUGAUCCAGUCAGCAGCGCUAAACUAUGUCCUCUUGUUGCUGUUGAUUGUAUGUAUUAUUCAUUGGCCUUAUGACUUGAAAGUAUUCAAGGUAGUUGUUCACAAUUCCACGACUGUAAGGAUUCUGAAAUGUCCCCUUAGAUGUGUGAAAUGCAGCAUAGCGAUUCAUGUUCCACCACUCAUUUGUUGUCAAGUUUCUUCCGGCGAUCACAACCUGGCAA